UGAAGCAUCUGUCGCAAUUAGCGAUCGUUGUCGCCUGCCUUUUUUCCUCCUUCCACGCAUGUUUCUCAGCGCCUGCGAGGCUUAAAACAUCGACGAACUUGCUCUGCCGGCUAAGCCUUGGCUAACCUUCGUCUUUACCCUGACAUCGAUGAGAGGCAUCAAUGUCAUAUACUGUAAGUCGCAAAUACAGAAUGAGCUGGACUGCACAGAAGGACAUUGUCAUACUUGUCAUCUCGCUCUUUGGCUUUCAAGUGUCCCAGAGUUGGGAGCCGCAUGAAUGGGGAGGGACAUUCACUCAAGAGACCAUCUGCGGUCUGACAGGAACCACAGUGACCCUCACCUGCUCCAUCCGGUACCCACAAAGGCAUGAUGGCCAAAUCAUCAAGGUCAUAAAGGGACUGUGGUACACAAAAGUUUCCAACAAACAACCUCAAGAUCUGACGAUGGACCCUCAGUACUCUGGUCGUCUAGACCAAAAUUGUCAAGGCAACUUUUGCACUUUGUCAAUCAAAAAACUGAGAGAGAGCGACCAGGGAACCUACAAAUUGAGAUUCAUAACUAACGUGGAUGGUGGAGUGUACACUGUCAAAACCGGAGUCACUCUGGAUGUCACUGCUGCACAGGUGCAGGUGAUCAAGGCUGAAGAGAGAGAUUAUUACACUCGUGCAUCGCUGUCAUGUCACACGAGCUGUACUCCUGCAGCUUCUUUGUCUUGGUGCUGGAAGCAAAACAGACACUGGAAUGACUACUGUUUAAUUAACCGGAGGACAAAAGAACAGAAAUUAACUUUAUAUCCUGGAGAUGACAUCACCUGUGCUGUUGGAGGAUAUCCAUCAACUGCGUCUCCUCCACUGUAUGCUCUGGAAGCCCCCAGGGUGUUAGGUACAAAAGAUGAUAUCAUGGAGGGGGAUUCACUGACUUUUACCUGCAGAGCUGACACCCCAACAUCAUCAGGACACCGCUGGUGCAAGAAGACUGGAACUUCAGACUGUGAUGUCAUGAGUUAUGGAGAAUAUCUGGUCUUCAGCUCCAUCCAGUCUUCAGAUUCAGCUGUGUAUUGUUGUGUCGUGGAGAAUGAUCUGGGGCAGAAGAUGUCGCAACCUUUCGUAAUUGAUGUAAAAUAUGCUCCAAGGUCCUGCUAUUUGUCGGUUGAUCCAAUAAAAGAAAUCAAGGAGGGAAAUCAAGUGACACUAACCUGCAGCUGUGACGCUAACCCGGCUGCUAAGUUCACCUGGUACAAGGGCCAAACUAAGCUCAGGUCUUCAGAAAGAAAUUACGUUUUCAACUCCAUACGCCCCCAAGAUUCUGGGAGGUUCUACUGCAAAGCCCACAAUAAACAUGGAGACGUCACCUCGGACCCGGUGGUCAUAGACGUUCAAUUUGCGCCACGGUUCCCUGAUUUGCGGGUGAGUCCAUCAAAUGUCAUCAAGGAGGGAACGCAAGUGAAUCUUACCUGCAUCAGUGAUGCUAACCCAGCUGCUAGCUUCACCUGGUACAAGGGCCAAACUGCGCUCGGGUCUUCAGAAAGAAAUUACGUUUUCAACUCCAUACGCCCCGAAGAUUCUGGGAGCUUCUACUGCAAGGCCUACAAUAAAUAUGGACACGUCAACUCUGACCCGGUGUUCAUCAACGUUCAAUUUGCGCCAAGGUUCCCUGAUUUGCGGGUGAGUCCAUCAAAUGUCAUCAAGGAGGGAACGCAAGUGAAUCUUACCUGCAUCAGUGAUGCUAACCCAGCUGCUAGCUUCACCUGGUACAAGGGCCAAACUGCACUCGGGUCUUCAGAAAGAAAUUACGUUUUCAACUCCAUACGCCCCGAAGAUUCUGGGAGCUUCUACUGCAAGGCCUACAAUAAAUAUGGACACGUCAACUCUGACCCGGUGUUCAUCAACGUUCAAUAUCUUCCUCGGCUUCCAACCAUCUCAGCAAGACCCUCCUCUAACGUCAAGAUGGGUUCUUCUGUCAGUCUGAAUUGUAGCAGUGAUGCUAACCCCACUGCUCACUACGUUUGGUAUAAGAACCUAGAAAAGUUGGACAAUUCUGAAGGGCCCAUGUUCAACAUCAGCAACUUCCAACUGCACAAUGAGGGCGAAUAUCACUGUGAGGCCCGAAACUCCAGGGGAAGCCGGAGGGCCGCUCUCCUUCUGCAAGCACAGGCUGGUUCACUCACCGGGGUGGCUGUGGGUUGUGCUAUGGCCGGCAUCCUGCUCAUCCUGCUUUUGGUCACCAUCCUGCUACUCCGGAAAAAGAUUACACCAAAAUGCAGGAUGCUCUUCAAAUCUCAGCCAAACACGAGCGAAGACGCCAGCGGGGAUCAACCGAACGAGCUGGUGUAUUCCAUGGUUGAGUUCUCCAAACACUCUCCAAUCUAUUCCAAUGUCACCAACGCCAAGAGGGACCAGGACGAGGAUCAAUAUGAAAGUGUGGACUACACAGCCGUCAAAUGUAGCGGCCAAGCUUCGAAGUUAAGGCCAGAAGUGAACGUCGAUGUUUGUGCUGUCUACAGCACUGUGCAAAAAAAAUCCACAUGAUGUCAUCGUGGGACCGCCAAGACAUGGAGAUGAAGUUCAUUUUCUUUUUACUUUUUAAAAAUUAUCUUGUAUUAAAAAUAUAACAAAUGUUCUUUUUUCAACAUUGAGAAGCAAAAUAGGCCGAAAAUGGAUCAUUGACUUUAGGUCUGUUAAGCUUUGGCCUUUUAUUUACCGGAUAUUUUUUCAAUUGUUUUCCUACUGUUUUGUGCUGAAAAGCCAUUGCAGUAAAUGUAUUUUGCCAGAGUAACAAUAUUCAUAUGUGUAUACUGUAUUACUUGAUCUGGUAUUCCACCUAAUUUCGUUCAAUUUAAAAAAGUCUAGCUUUAUGGGACAUGUAUAUGAUUAAAAAAAAUUUUAAAUCCUUUUAAAGCUUGAAAUUAAUUUGCUUUGUUUAACCCAUUUUAUCCCAAAUUUUCCACUAACAAAUAAACAUCCAAACCAGGUCUCAUCGGUAUUAAACAGCAUACGACAGGAGAAAAAAUGUCUUAGAUAGCGUUAUUAUGUGAAUUAGAAUCGUAUUUUUAGACGAUUCGACUACAUAAAACAAUUUAGCAAAGUGCAAAUGACGAGAAAUUACUCUUUUAAUCUGCCAGUUAGCCACGCCUACCAUUACAGGGCUCAAGCGUCCCCAACAGGUGGAUGACGUCAGCGGGAGACUGGGCUCAUCGGUUUUACUAUACACCCUAUUGAGGGGGAAUCAUUCAGAACGAGGAAAACGCGACGAAGAGAGCCGCAAAAUGUAAUUGUUUCAGUCUCUCUACUCAAAUAUUUUUACAGGAUAUUCUUUUUAUCCAAGUAUUUUUCCCAAUAGCUAAAUAAAUGGCUUGUGAAGUCAGCCCGUCGAGGGGGAACUAUUCACAAUGAGGAAAACGCGACGAAGAGAUCUGCAAAAUGUCAUUG